AUGGAGCUGUGUGGACCCACCAUGGCUGACAGUAGGGGCUCUCUAUGCCGGGUGAAGCAGCUUCCCUGUCACAGCGCCCCCCUCUGUCGCCUGCAGGCCAGCGCACACCACUUGCACAACCUCCCCCACCUGGCCCACCAGCCGUGGGUCAACCACCUGACCCCGGCCAACGUCUCCAGCCCGGCCGUCACAAUCCGACAUCGGGUGAAUGGAGCAACGUCGGCAGGCUGCGGCAGCCCGGAUUGUGCGGCCCCCAGGCUGGGAGAGGAGGCGCCGCUGGCCCGGGGUGUCUCCAUGGGGAAGGUGCUGGUGACGGGGGGAGGAGGGUACUUUGGCUUCCGGCUGGGGAGGGAGCUGGUCCUCCAGGGGAUGUCGGUGAUCCUGCUGGACAUGAACAAGCCCCCCUGUGAUGUCCCUGAUGGAGCCGUCUUCUAUCAGAGUGACAUCAGAGACUAUCCCUCCCUUUACAAAGUGUGUGAAGGUGUCGACUGUAUAUUCCACACAGCGUCUUAUGGCAUGUCCGGUCCAGAACAGCUGAAGAAAGAGCAGGUGGAGUCAGUCAACGUUGGAGGAACUAAUAAUGUUAUCAAUGUGUGUAAGGAGAGGAGCAUUCCCCGGCUGGUGUACACCAGUACCAUCAACGUGGUGUUUGCUGGGAAGCCAAUUGAGGAUGGUGAUGAGGAGUCGGUGCCGUAUGUGGCCCCCGACGUGCACAUUGACCACUACUCCAGGACUAAAGCCAUCGCAGAGCAGAUGGUGCUCUCAGCCAAUGGAUGCUCCCUGAAAGGUGGUGGGCUUCUACAGACCUGUGUCCUGCGACCCUGUGGCAUUUAUGGACCGGAGGAGAGGAGACACCUCCACAGAGUGAUGGUGAACGUGGAGCGUCGGCUGUUCAGUUUCCGCUUCGGGGACCCACAGGCCAGGAUGAACUGGGUCCACGUGGACAACCUGGUGCUGGCCCACACGCUGGCAGCCGAGGCCCUCACACUGAAGAGGAGCUGUGUUGCUAGUGGACAGGCCUAUUUCAUCAAUGACGGAGUCUCAGUGAACCUGUUUGAGUGGCUGACACCUUUGUUUGAAAAGCUGGGCUACAGCAGACCAUUGAUAAAUCUGCCAGUUUCACUGGUCUACUCAGCAGCCAUCCUGGUGGAAUACUUGCAUGUAGUUCUGGGGCCGGUGAUAAAAGUACCUCUCCUCUUUACCAGAAGUGAGGUGAGGACCAUUGCUGUGAGCCACACCUUCAAGAUUGACAAAGCCCACCGGGAGCUGGGUUACUGUCCGAAGCCGUACAGCCUGGAGGACUCCGUGGAGCUGUACCUGAAGUCCCAGCAUCGGCGCUCCAGCUCACCUCUCCUCCACCUCUCCUGGAGCUCGCAGCUGCCCCGGCCCCUUGUGCUACUGCUGCUGCUGCUGGGUUUCACUCUGAUGCUGCUGGCGUGGUCCUGCUUACUCAAUCAGAGCUGAACUGGCAAUGCUGCACUGGACAUUAUGUGUAUUCUCAACAUAGAUGCAGUAAAAUAUGCCCUAGAAUAAUUUUCAGAAUGUCCACUUAUGUAAUUUUAUUUGAAUUAAGUCAGUAAACUAUCUCUUCCACCUUUUAGAUGUCGGUAUGUGCGAGUGUCUGAUUAAAAAUGAUGAUCCUUCAGACUGCUGCAAAGUGUUGAUCCUGAGUUGUGUUGUCUUCGGUUUAGGUAACUAUGAUUUCAUUAAAAAGAGAAAAUUUGAUUUACAAACUUUACUUUGUUUAUUGAGUGUAUUUACAUAAUAUACGUUUUGAUUCUAUGAUAAAAAUCUGUUGAGAUUUGUGCAUCUUUAGAGUGUGAUUGAUUAUUAGGGCCUGAGCUCUGACAGGCACUGACAGACAGUGACGCCCUAUUAUUAUUUAUUUUUUUCAGGCAAAUAAAUUGGCUUUUUGAG